CGGCAGCCUCCCUCCGGGAACCGGGAGGAAGCGGCCGAGGACUCUGCGGGGCGGGGGGCUGCGCGGUGUGCAAAGGCCCGCGAAGGGGACGCCGCGGACGCGGGGACGAGACGGCCCGCCUGGCCACAGAGGGAGGAGGCGUCCGUGGCCUCGCCGACCCGGCUCUCCUGCCCAUUACUUCAAGGGGUCCCCUCAGGGACCCUCCUGCUACCAGCCACCAUGACCGUGAAGGGGGCCGCUCUGGCUCCAGAUCCAGCCUCGCCCACCACCGCCGCAGCUUCACCCAGUGUCUCCGUGACCCCCGAGGGCAGCCCCAUGGCCAUGGAGCAGCCUGUGUUCCUGAUGACCACCGCGGCUCAAGCCAUCUCUGGCUUCUUCGUGUGGACAGCCCUGCUCAUCACCUGCCACCAGAUCUACAUGCACCUGCGCUGCUACAGCUGCCCCAACGAGCAGCGCUACAUCGUGCGCAUCCUCUUCAUUGUGCCCAUCUAUGCCUUUGACUCCUGGCUCAGCCUCCUGUUCUUCACCAACGACCAGUACUACGUGUACUUUGGCACUGUCCGUGAUUGCUACGAGGCGUUGGUCAUCUACAAUUUCCUGAGCCUGUGCUAUGAGUACCUUGGGGGAGAGAGCGCCAUCAUGUCAGAGAUCAGAGGGAAGCCCAUCGAGUCCAGCUGCGUGUACGGGACAUGCUGCCUCUGGGGAAAGACCUACUCCAUCGGAUUUCUGCGGUUCUGUAAGCAGGCCACGUUGCAGUUUUGCGUGGUAAAGCCACUCAUGGCCGUCAGCACCGUGGUCCUCCAGGCCUUCGGCAAGUACCGGGACGGGGACUUCGAUGUCACCAGUGGCUACCUGUAUGUGACCAUCAUCUACAACAUCUCUGUCAGUCUGGCCCUCUACGCCCUCUUCCUCUUCUACUUCGCUACCCGGGAGCUGCUCAGCCCUUACAGCCCUGUCCUCAAGUUCUUCAUGGUCAAGUCUGUCAUCUUCCUCUCCUUCUGGCAAGGCAUGCUGCUGGCCAUCCUGGAGAAGUGUGGAGCCAUCCCCAAGAUCCACUCAGCCCGUGUCUCUGUGGGCGAGGGCACUGUGGCCGCUGGCUACCAGGACUUCAUCAUCUGCGUGGAGAUGUUUUUCGCAGCCCUGGCCCUGCGGCAUGCCUUCACCUACAAAGUCUACGCGGACAAGAGGCUGGACGCCCAAGUGCCGACUUACGGCCCUUACGGCCGCUGUGCCCCCAUGAAGAGCAUCUCCAGCAGCCUCAAGGAAACCAUGAACCCGCACGACAUCGUGCAGGAUGCCAUCCACAACUUCUCGCCCGCCUAUCAGCAGUACACGCAGCAGUCCACCCUGGAGCCCGGGCCCACCUGGCGGGGUGGUGCCCAUGGCCUGUCACGCUCCCACAGCCUCAGUAGCACCCGUGACACCGAGAAGACUCUGCUGCUUAGCUCUGAUGACGAGUUCUAGUUGUGGGUGCCUCGGCCUAGGGCAACAUGCCCUCCUCAGCCUCUCAGCCAGGCCAGGAGGCAGCAGGCACAGUGUUGCCAGUGCCCUUUAUUUAUUGGACCAGAGAAACGUAUCUUCCAGAGGAACAGCCCAACCCAGUACCCUGGGGACAGCCCAGGCUCACCCAUGAGCCUUCAGGAAUAUUUAUACACGGCCAGCCCUGCACUGGGCAGAGGACUCUGGGAGCAGCUCCCACACCCCUGCUGCCUGGCCUGUGGUAGAUAUGGUUCCUGGGGACCAGCCCUGCCAGGACCAGCCAUGCGCAGGCCCAACAUGGGGACCAGCCUCGUCUGCAGUGCUCCAGGCCCUGUCCACCCCAUACUGUGCAAUACCCUGACCUGGGCUUUCCCUGCUCACUCCCUCGUCCCAUGCUAUAGCCUAGAGCCGGGCGCUCACCUCCGGCCAGCAGGAGGAGGGAGUGUGAGCACCCAGUGUGCCCUCCCUCCCUCGCUGGCCCAGGCCCACCCAGCAUGCUGCAAGGAUCAGAGCCAGACACCGGGAGCCACGGGCCCCACCUAGGAAGGGGCUCCCGUGCCUCUGGCCCCUCUGGUGAAGAAGGGCCCCUUGACCUGUAGCUGUCCUCAUCCUCUGUGGCCACCCUCUGCCUACCUCCUACCCCUUCCUCCUGGCCUGCUGAGGAUAGCUGGGCUGUGCUACUUGGGUCCCACUCGAUGGAGUUGGAAGCCGAGCUCUUGCUUCCUGGCUGGGGCCUCUGGGGCCUCUGUUCCCUUCAGGGGUUAGGUCUGGCCUCCAUGUUUCAGACGGUGUUCAGGAAGGACAGGAAGGAUGGCCCUGCAGCAGGGGCCCUGAGGUGGGAGGACUGGUCCUAGACUCCUGUCCCGAACCCCUGCCCACACAGGGCUUGCUGUUCUGCCUUGUCUGGCCCCCUGCCCAUCUCUUCUGUGCCUUAGUCACACAUGAAAGUCCCUUCCAGCCCCCCAUCUGUCCAGAUGUCCCCAGGUCCUUGGUAAGCUGCUGGCACUCAGGAUCCUGCAGUGUUGGGCCAGGUGCCCAUGGACAGGCUGCAGCGGUGGCCAGGGGUGCCAGUUCCCUCUCCUUGCCUGCCUCAUGCCCAUGUCCCCAGGGCUGGAGGCCUAGAUAGGCUAGGCUUCUGCCAGCCAUGUCCUAGGAAGAGUGUUGGGAGUGUACGUUCCUGGGGAGUGCUUCGGUUUGGGCUGCAGAAGUUGGUGGAAGAAGAAGGGUUCUUGCCUUGUGGCGCACACUGGAAGCUCGCUCUUCUGGUCAUUCCUGGAAUGAACAGGCUCUCCCAGGAUCUGUGAGGCACUGUGAUGGGGCCCUAGCCUUCCUGGCCUCAUUCUCCCCUCAGGCCCAGGGGCCAUGUGUGGGGUGCUGGUGGCCAACUCCCUGCCCUGUCUGGGUGGGCCAAGCCAGAUGGUCUCAGGCCACCCUAGAAGGCAGUUGGCAGGUGCAGCUCUGCCUCCCUCCCACGUUGGCUUUUACAAAUCUAUUUCUCUGACGUAUCUUCCUCCUCCUUCCAGGCCAAAGUGUGUUGCUGAUUCCUGCCCCUCUUGGUCUUUGCCCAUCCUGGCUUGUGCCUAUGAGCAUGGUGGGUGGGGCUGGGGAGCUCAGUGACAAGGAAUAAGUGAUCCCUGGGGACACGGGGAUGGAAACCCAGGCCCAGCUGCUCCAGCCCCUCCUUCCUAGUAUGUAUAACCUACAUUGGGUUGUUUUUUUGUUUUGUUUUGUUUUUUAAUUUUUCCAGAUAGAGUAGUUCUUUGUACAUAAAAAAAUACUUGAAAAAUUAAUUGUAUGAUGUAUGAGAAGACAGAGUCCCUUAGUUUUAUAUCUCGUCGUAUGACUGCCAUGAGUUCCACCAGAAAGCCACUCUAUUUUGGUCUCUGACAUUUUAAAUGCGUGACAAGUGAGCAAAUAAAGUGAGGAAGAUAUAUAUAUAUAUGAGAUAAUAUAGAUUGUAUU